AUGUACUAUGCCCAAUUUGAAAAUGGACUAGUUGUUCGUGGAAUUUUGGCAUUACAGAAACAUAUCCAUACACGGACAAUGAAACCAUAUUUCGUAGAAUUUGUUGAUGCUGGUGGAUCAAUUCAUCGCGAAACAUUGUUGAAUUCUCAUGCGUUUAAAGAGGAGGGAGAACGGGUUAUGAAUGGAGGCAUGAUGAGCAUGGGUAGUAGUGGAAGUGGAAGUGGGUUCUUGGCCAGUUCUAAUUUAAGUAUGUCGAGAUCGCUUAAUUUCGUUAUUGUCAAUAACAACAAUUUAAUUAACGGAAAGUGGCCUAAUGGCAAGGCACCUGAAGAAUAUGAUUUCGAUUUACAGAUAGGAGAUAGAAAUCUACAUGUGCCGAUAUUGGGUUGUUUAGAUCAAAAAGAAUACUACGGCUACGACCCCGAGUACCAAUCGAUCUCUGGCCAUAAACAACCAAAGCAGUUACAACAAGUCGAAAGUCUUAAUCACCACUUAGAAGUGGAACGCCUAUCAUCACAAACUGGAGUAGGAGGCCUAUCAUCACAAACUGGAGUAGGAGGCCUAACAUCGCAAACUGGAGUAGGAGAAGACACCGAAAAAAUAUCGGAUUUGAAACUUGAAUUUUAUCCUAGAAAAACUCUUUAA